UGCAUUGCGCAUGAGUUGGUGAUCGGAAGUAAACAAAACUCAGUCGUCUGACGAACGAACUACACGUGGAAAUGUAGGGCCUGAAACUGUCAGUGUCACUGUGAUGAAGCCACGAACAGAUACUGAUGUCUUCGUUUGCACCAAAGUUUUGGAAGCCUGGUACUGAGGCCCCUGGGCAGGCUAUAAAGGAGGAGAGGAAGACUGUGAGUGAGGAAGGGGGGACCACUGUGGUGUACAACCAGAAUGUGUCUCUCUCCAUUGAGCAACAGCGACAAAAACUUCCUGUGUUCAAGUUGAGGAAUCAUAUCCUGUAUUUGGUGGAAAACUAUCAGACUGUAGUUAUUGUUGGAGAGACAGGAUGUGGAAAAUCAACACAGAUACCCCAGUAUUUAUUAGAGGCUGGAUGGGGAACAGAGGGACAUACAAUUGGAGUCACUCAGCCACGACGGGUCGCUGCUGUCACGGUGGCCACCCGAGUGGCAGAGGAGAGAGGGGCACUGUUGGGGGAUGAAGUAGGAUACACAAUCAGAUUUGAUGACACUUCAGAUCCCACCCGCACCAGAAUUAAAUUUCUGACAGAUGGUAUGAUGAUUAGGGAAAUAAUGGAAGACCCACUGCUGAAAAAAUACAGUGUGGUUAUGUUGGAUGAAGCACACGAAAGGACUUUAAACACAGAUUUGAUAAUGGGACUUCUACGAAAGAUUCAGAGAAAAAGAGAAGAUCUCAGGAUAAUUGUUGCAUCAGCCACACUGGAUGCAGAGGAGAUGAAAGACUUUUUCAACAACAACAACUCAGGAAAUUCCAACAAAGACACUGCUGCUAUACUAAGUGUGGAGGGCCGAAAUUUUCCAGUGGAUAUCCAUUACACUAUUGACCCUGUUCCAGAUUACCUGAAGGCCACAGUGGAGACCAUCUCUAAGAUUCAUCACCAGGAGAAGGAGGGCGACAUACUCGCUUUCCUGACUGGACAAGAUGAAGUUGAAACUGUGACAAGGCAAUUGAUAGAUGUAGCUAAGGAGUGUAUAAGGACCCAGGCAGCCAUGAAGAUGAAGGUUUUACCCAUGUAUGGUAGCCUACCGGCCUCAGAACAGAUGAAGGUGUUUGACAGAUGUGGAAGAACAACAAGAAAGAUAGUAGUGGCUACUAACAUUGCUGAGACAUCGAUCACUAUCCCAGGCAUUGUGUUCAUUGUAGAUUGUGGAUUUGUGAAACUGAAGGCUUACAAUCCAAAAUCAGGAGUUGAAUCACUGGUGACAGUUCCUAUUUCAAAGGCUUCAGCAGAGCAAAGGGCUGGGAGAGCAGGCAGAGUGAGAGCAGGGAAAGCAUACAGACUGUACACAGAGGAUGGUUAUGAGGGACUUGAGGCCUCCACUGUCCCAGAGUUCCAGCGGUCAGACCUGGCUCCUGUGAUACUGCAGAUGAAGGCCCUGGGAGUCUCCAACCUUGUCAGAUUUCACUUCUUAUCGCCUCCCCCUGCACAGAAUAUGAUUAGAGGUCUAGAGCUGCUGUAUGCACUUAAAGCUCUGGAUGACAAUGGUAACUUAACGUCACCCCUGGGGCUACAGAUGGCUGAAUUCCCUCUGACACCAAUGUUUUCUAAAAUACUACUCUCCUCUGGAGACUUUGAGUGUUCUGAGGAGGCAGUGAUCAUAGCAGCUAUGUCACAGAUACAGAACGUCUUUAUAACUCCAAUAGGAGAGAAAUCUGCAGCCAAUCGUGCCAAGAGAAAUUUUUCCGUGGAGGAAGGUGACCAUGUGAGCUUACUCAAUGUGUUCCGUGCAUUUAUCAAGUACAAAAAGAAUUCCAAGUGGUGUAAAGAAAAUUUCCUGAACUACAAGGGCCUGUGCAGAGCCAUUGAAAUACAACAGCAACUUCAACGACUCUUAAAAAAGUUCAAGGUGCCCUUGCUGUCAUGUCAAGAUGAUGUGAAUCAGAUAAGGCGCUGUAUAACCUCGGGGUUCUUUGCCAACGCGGCCUACCUCCACUAUACAGGGGUCUACAGAUCAGUCAGAGAUGACCAUGAACUUCAUAUCCAUCCUACAUCAGUACUCACUUUUACAGACCCACCAAAAUGGGUAGUAUUUAAUGAUGUUGUCCAGACAAAUAAAGAUUACAUGAGAGACAUUACAGUGAUUGAACCAGAUUGGUUGUGUGAAAUGGCUCCCCACUUUUACCAGUUUGGAACAGAUAGAGAAAUCGCUGCCAAACGAGCUAGAAGUGAGCAGGACUGAAGAAUAGGAAUGAUACAAACAUUUCUAUUGAGAGGAAGAAUCCAUAUCUAUACUUUGAUUUCACUACUUUUUGUGGGGAUCAAAUUUUGUGAUUUAAAGAAGAAAAUAUGUAAAAUCAUGGACAACUGCCAACCUAACACCAGUUUAAAAAUUCUUUAGUUUAUUGAUCACCUAUUUAUUGCUUUCUUCCUCAACCAAAAUUAAAAAACAACAAAAAAUUGUGUUCAAUAGAAAAAUAAUUUAGGUAAAGCACGGUGGCUUAUAAUAGUGACGGCAGCUUGUGUCAGUUGUGGACAAAGAUUGUUCACUUGAUUAUCUGAGUGUAAUAUUAGGUGAAAGUGGUCUUAGUUUUAUACAAAAUGUUCGUGCUGCUGCAUUUUACAGACUGGUUUUGUAUUGAAUUUUUAUGACAAAUUGCUCAUGUAUCAAUGAAAAAUAAUUGAUAUUCAAUAAAAUCAAAGUACUAAGAGUACUGAAAGAUGAGUUACAUUGUAAAUGUCAAUUUAAUCAUAAUUUUAUUAUAAACUUCAUAUCUGUUGCAGACUUCAAAAUAAUUUUGAGAUGAAUUUUUAAAUUUAAAAUGUAACCAUUGCAAAGUUUCAAAUAAUGUUUUGGGAUAUUCCAUAUUCCCAAAUGAACAGGGUCCAAUGUAAUAAAUAGCUCUGGCGGUAAAUAAAUGUUGUCACAGACGGGGCCAUGCUUAACAUCAAUAAAAUGAUAAAACUUCACAUGUCAAAGCACUUUUAAAAUUUUUACAUGUACAUGUAUACUGAUUUUAAACAGAUUAAAAUUUUCAGAAUGCA